AUAAGGUGUCAGGAUGUGGCGGUCUAUUUCUCCAUGGAGGAGUGGGAGUAUGUAGAAGGACACAAGGAUCAGGUUACAAGGAUCAGGUCAUGAUGGAGGAUCAGCAGCCCCUCACAUCACCAGUCAGAUCCAGUAAGAGAACAGCACCAGAGAGGUGUCCCCGUCCUCUUCUUCCACAGGAUGAUCAGGGAGAAGAUCUAAACAAUAUUAAUGCUCCAGAGACAGAUUUGAGCGAUGAUGAGCAGUAUAAGGAGGAGAUUCCUACAGAGAAAGAUCUAAUCUAUAUUAAUGCUCCAGAGACAGAAGUGAGCGGUGAUGAGCAGUAUAAGGAGGACAUUCCUACAGAUAAAGAUAUGAUCUAUAUUAAUGCUACAGACAUAAAGGAAGAAGAAGAAACAGAUGUGAGCGGUGAUGAGCAGUAUAAAGAGGACAUUCCUACAGAGAAAGACAUGAUCUAUAUUAAUGCUACAGACAUAAAGGAAGAAGAAGAGACAGAUGUGAGCCGUGAUGAGCAGUAUAAGGAGGACAUUCCUACAGAGAAAGAUCUGAUCUAUAUUAAUGCUACAGACAUAAAGGAAGAAGAAGAAACAGAUGUGAGCGGUGAUGAGCAGUAUAAAGAGGACAUUCCUACAGAGAAAGACCUGAUCUAUAUUAAUGCUACAGACAUAAAGGAAGAAGAAGAGACAGAUGUGAGCCCUGAUGAGCAGUAUAAGGAGGACAUUCUCACAGAGAAAGACCUGAUCUAUAUUAAUGCUACAGACAUAAAGGAAGAAGAAGAGACAGAUAUGAGCGGCGAUGAGCAGUUUAAGGAGGACAUUCCUUCAGGUAACCACCCAGAUUCUUGUAGCAGGAGAUCAGAGGAGAAUCUUAUAUCUUCAGAUUAUAAAGCAGAUGAUGAUAUCACACAAGAUACAUAUGAAGAACAUUCCAUUAUCCCAGAUACACCCUCAGCCCUUCACAGCCAAGAUCUGUCAUCUCAUCCUUAUAUACAGGUCCUGUCUUCUCAGUCAUCACAGGAUGUUCAGCAAAAUAAAAGUCACAGAAGGAAUGAUGGACAUCAACGAGCUCAUACAGGAAAGAAACCAUAUUCAUGCUCAGAAUGUGGGAAAUGUUUUACUGACAAUUCACAUCUUGUUCAACAUAAAAUAACUCACACAGGGGAGAAGCCAUUUUCAUGUUCAGAAUGUGGAAAAUGUUUUACUGAAAAAUCAAGUCUUGUUAAACAUCAAAGAACUCACACAGGGGAGAAGCCAUUUUCAUGUUCAGAAUGUGGAAAAUGUUUUACUGAAAAAUCAAGUCUUGUUCAACAUCAAAGAACUCACACAGGGGUGAAGCCAUUUUCAUGUUCACAAUGUGGGAACUGCUUUACUAAGAAAUCAAAUCUUGUUCAACAUAAAAGAACUCACACAGGGGAGAAGCCCUUUUCAUGCUCAGAAUGUGGGAAACGUUUUUCUUGCAAGUCAGAUGUUACGCGACAUCAAAGAACUCACACAGGGGAGAAACCAUUUUCAUGUUCAGAAUGUGGGAAAUGUUUUACUGAUAAAUCAAAUCUUGUUCAACAUAAAAGAACUCACACAGGGGAGAAGCUAUUUUCAUGCUCAGAAUGUGGGAAACGUUUUACUUGCAAAUCAGAUGUUACUCGACAUCAAAGAACUCACACAGGGGAUAAACCAUUUUCAUGUUCAGAAUGUGGGAAAUGCUUUCCUCAUCAUACAAGUCUUUAUAAGCAUAAAAUAACUCACACAGGAGAGAAGCCAUUUUCAUGUUCAGAAUGUGGGAAAUGCUUUCCUCAUCAUUCAAGUCUUUAUAGGCAUAAAAGCACUCACACAGGGGAGAAGCCAUUUUCAUGUGCAGAAUGUGGGAAAUGUUUUACUCAGAAAUCAAAUCUUCUUCAGCAUCAAAGAACUCACACUGGGGAGAAGCAAUUUUCAUGUUCAGAAUGUGGGAAAUGCUUUACUCAUCAUACAAGUCUUUAUAAGCAUAAAAGAACUCACACAGGGGAGAAGCCAAUUCAGAGCAUUCUCCUGGAUGACCCAUCAACCAUGGAGAGAGACAGGAACAAGAUGGCCGACAGGAUCAUAAACCUCACCCUACAGAUACUCUUCCGGCUUACUGGAGAGGAUUACAUAGUAGUGAAGAAGUCCUCUAGUGGGCGCUGUCGGGCCCCUGUGUGUGAAGGAUGGGGAAGAACCCUGAGCCCAAUCCCGGGGCCCCCACCUCACUCCCUGAUACAUGAGGAAAUGGAUGAACAGAAGAUCCGAGAACUCAUCAACAAGAUGAUGGAGCUGCUGACUGGAGAGGUUCCUAUAAGGUGUCAGGACGUGGCGGUCUAUUUCUCCAUGGAGGAGUGGGAGUAUGUAGAAGGACACAAGGAUCAGUACAAGGAUCAGGUCAUGAUGGAGGAUCAGCAGCCCCUCACAUCACCAGUCAGAUCCAGUAAGAGAACAGCACCAGAGAGGUGUCCCCGUCCUCUUCUUCCACAGGAUGAUCAGGGAGAAGAUCCGAACAAUAUUAAUGCUCCAGAGACAGAUGUGAGCAGUGAUGAGCAGUGUAAGAAGGACAUUCCUACAGGGAGGGAUCUGAUCUAUAUUAAUGUUAAAGACAUAAAGGAAGAAGAGACAGAUGUGAGCAGUGAUGAGCAGUAUAAGGAGGACAUUCCUACAGGAAACAAUCUAAACUAUAUUAAUGCUACAGACAUAAAAGUAGAAGAAGAGACAGAUGUGAGCGGUGAUAAGCAGUAUAAGGAGGACAUUCCUACAAGUAACCACCCCGAUUCUUGUACCAGGAGAUCAGAGGAGAAUCUUAUAUCUUCAGAUUAUAAAGCAGAUGAUGAUAUCACACAAGAUACAUAUGAAGAACAUUCCAUUAUCCCAGAUACACCCUCAGCCCUUCACAGCCAAGAUCUGUCAUCUCAUCCUUAUAUACAGGUCCUGUCUUCUCACUCAUCACAGGAUGUUCAGCAAAAUAAAGGUCACAGAAGGGGUGUUGGACAUCAACGAGCUCAUACAGGAAAGAAACCAUAUUCAUGCUCAGAAUGUGGGAAAUGUUUUACUUUUAAAUCAGGUCUUGUUCAACAUCAAAGAAUUCACACAGGAGAGAAGCCAUUUUCAUGUUCAGUAUGUGGGAAAUGUUUUACUCAGAAAUCAGACCUUGUUGUACAUCAAAGAACUCACACAGGGGAGAAGCCAUAUUCAUGUUCAGAAUGUGGGAAAUGUUUUAGUGUUCAAUCACAUCUUGUUCCACAUAAAAGAACUCACACAGGAGAGAAGCCAUUUUCAUGUGUAGAAUGUGGGAAAUGUUUUACUGCGAAAUCAACACUUAAAUAUCAUCUAAUAACUCACACAGGAGAGAAGACAAUUCAGAGUACUCUGCAGGUGGAGGUUCCUAUAAGGUGUCAGGACGUGGCGGUCUAUUUCUCCAUGGAGGAGUGGGAGUAUGUAGAAGGACACAAGGAUCAGUACAAGGAUCAGGUCAUGAUGGAGGAUCAGCAGCCCCUCACAUCAGCAGUCAGAUCCAGUAGGAGAACAGUACCAGAGAGGUGUCCCUGUCCUCUUGAUGAACAGAAUAUGAAGAACAUUACUACAGGGAAAGAUCUCAUCUAUAUUAAUGCUACAGACAUAAAGGAAGAAGAGACAGAUGUGAGCGGUGAUGAGCAGUAUAAGGAGGACAUUCCUACAGGGAAAGAUCUCUUUUAUAUUAAUGCUACAGACAUAAAGGAAGUAGAAGCAGAGACCGAUGUGAGCGGUGAUGACCAGUAUAAGGAGGUCAUUUCUACAGGAAAAGAUCUGAUCUACAUUAAUACUACAGACAUAAAGGAAGAACAAGAGACCGAUGUGAGCGGUGAUGAGCAGUAUAAGGAGAACAUUCCUACUGAGAAAGGUCUGAUCUAUAUUAAUGCUACAGACAUAAAGGAAGAAGAACAAGAGACAGAUGUACGUAGUGAUGAGCAGUAUAAGGAGGACAUUCCUACAGGGAAAGAUGUGAUCUAUAAUAAUGCUACAUACAUAAAAGAAGAAGAAGAGACAGAUGUGAGCGGUAAUGAGCAGUAUAAGGUGGACAUUCCUACAGGGAAAGAUCUGAUCCAUAAUAAUGCUACAGACAUAAAGGAAGAAGAGACAGAUGUGAGCAUUGAUGAGCAGUAUAAGGAGGACAUUCCUACAGGUAAAGAUCUGAUCUAUAAUAAUGCUCCAGACAUAAUAGUAAAAGCAGAAGAGACAGAUGUGAGCGGUGAUGAGCAGUAUGAGGAGGACAUUUCUACAGGUAACCACCCAGAUUCUUGUACCAGGAGAUCAGAGGAGAAUCUUAUAUCUUCAGAUUAUAAAGCAGAUGAUGAUAUCACACAAGAUACAUAUGAAGAACAUUCCAUUAUCCCAGAUACACCCUCAGCCCUUCACAGCCAAGAUCUGUCAUCUCAUCCUUAUAUACAGGUCCUGUCUUCUCAGUCAUCACAGGAUGUUCAGCAAAAUAAAAGUCACAGAAGGGGUGUUGGACAUCAGAAAGAUUGUGCAAAGGAAAGGCCAUAUUCAUGUUCAGAAUGUGGAAAGUGUUUUACCAAGAAAUCAAAUCUUGUGAGACAUAAAAGAAGCUACAAAGGAGAGAAGCCGUUUUCAUGUCCACAAUGUGAGAAAUGUUUUACUGGGAAACAAGGUCUUGUUCGCCAUCAAAGAACUCACACAGGAGAGAAGCCAUUUCCAUGUUCAGAAUGUGGGAAAUGUUUUACUCAGAAAUCAUACCUUGUUGUACAUCAAAGAACUCACACAGGAGAGAAGCCAUUUUCAUGUUCAGAAUGUGGGAAAUGUUUUACUUAUAAAUUAGACCUUGUUGUACAUCAAAGAAAUCACACAGGAGAGAAGCCAUUUUCAUGUUCAGAAUGUGGAAAAUGUUUUGCUUUUAAAUCAUGUCUUGUUGUACAUGAAAGAACUCACACAGGAGAGAAGCCAUUUUCAUGUUCAGAAUGUGGGAAAUGUUUUAAUUAUAAAUCAGGUCUUGUUGUACAUCAAAGAACUCACACAGGAGAGAAGCCAUUUUCAUGUUCAGAGUGUGGGAAAUGUUUUGCUCAGAAAUCAGAUCUUGUUAAACAUCAAAGAACUCACACAGGGGAGAAGCCAUUUCCAUGUUCAGAAUGUGUGAAAUGUUUUACUCAGAAAUCAGACCUUGUUUUACAUCAAAGAACUCACACAGGAGAGAAGCCAUUUUCAUGUUCAGAAUGUGGGAAAUGUUUUGCUCAGAAAUCAGAUCUUAUUAAACAUCAAAGAAUUCACACAGGGGAGAAGCCAUUUCCAUGUUCAGAAUGUGUGAAAUGUUUUACUCAGAAAUCAGACCUUGUUUUACAUCAAAGAACUCACACAGGAGAAAAGCCAUUUUCAUGUUCAGAAUGUGGGAAAUGUUUUGCUCAGAAAUCAGACCUUGUUGUACAUAGAAAAACUCACUCAGGAGAGAAGCCAUUUUCUUGCGCAGAAUGUGGGAAAUGUUUUGCUCAGAAAUCAAUUCUUGUUAAACAUCAAAUAACUCACACAGGGGAUAAGCCAUUUUUAUGUUCAGAAUGUGGCAAAUGUUUUACUCGCAAAUCAGACCUUGUUGUACAUCGAAAAACUCACACAGGAGAGAAGCCUUUUUCAUGUUCUAACACAGGGGAGAACAUGAAGCAGAGCAAAAAAUUAUGCAAAUAACACAUCUAUAUAUUAACCAUGUACAUAGGAUAGUUGACAAUAAUGCAUACUUAUAUAUAUUUAUACAAUAUAUGCUUCAUCUCCAAACUUGAUAUCAUUUUUUAGGAAGUUCUCUAUAUUAUACACUGCUCAAAAAAAUUAAGUGAACACUAAGAUAACACAUCCUAGAUCUGAAUGAAUGAACUAAUCUUAUGAAAUACUUUCGUCUUUACAUAGUUGAAUGCGCUGACAACAAAAUCACAC